AUGCGUUCCCCGCGAGAUGUCUACACAUUCUACGACCCGGCCACGAAAAUAUGGAGCGGCACCAAAACGCCACCCCUACUGAAUCCAAACCAAUCGUUGGGAGAACUGAUCCUAGCGAUGCUGGCCAAAACACCCGACUCGAUUACGCAGAUAAGUGCCGACACUGGUGCUCGAGUUACCUGCGAAGAAAUGCGCCUGCGGACGGUUCGCGUGGCACAGAACUUGACCGCGUUGGGUUACGGCCAACAGGACAUAUUCACCAUGGCCGUUCGAAACGGUGAACUGGUCGCUCCGGUUGUGUUUGCCUGCUUUGCUCUAGGCAUUCCGCUCAAUACGCUAGACGCAACCUUCAAGCGGGAUGAUUUUAGUUACAUGCUGGAAACGGUCAAACCGAAGGUCGUAUUCUGUGAUCAGGAAACAUUGGAUGAAAUGCAAGCGUCAAUCAAGAUGGCAGGUAUUGAUCCAGUAGUGUAUGUUUUUGGCGAAACAGUAAGCGGGUUCAGGCACGUGGAAGAGUUGCUGAAACCAACUGGAAAUGAGGAAUAUUUCGUUCCUGCUCACUUCGAAAACGUUUCGUCAAAGCUAGCUAUCGUCGUUUGCUCGUCCGGAACUACUGGUCGUUCCAAGGGAGUAUGUCUUUCUCACUCACUUUGCAUUGCAAAUAUAGCCGGUAUGUUGGACUGCCGACCCACGGACGUAUUGAUGGGUUUUAGUUCCUUAUACUGGCUAUCAGGUUUGGCCUUCUUGCUGUUAGGUACAGUCAGUGGAGCAACACGCAUUAUCACUCGGGAAUCUUUUAGACCUUCCUUGGCACUGGAUAUAAUAGAACGGUUUCGUAUUACACUGGUUUUCUUCCCGCCAUCAUCGUUGGUAGCUAUUGUGAAGCAUCCAGGUGUUGUGCAAACGGAUUUCAGCAGCAUACGAGUUUUGUUUUCCGGUGGAUCAAUGGUGUCUUCAGAUUUAAAACAUUCCUUCGAAAAGUUACUUCCGAAUGCAAAUUUCCACGUAGGCUACGGUUUAUCUGAAGCAGGGGGAGUAGUAACAUUGUCGGAUAGCGACACUUACAAAGAUGGAUGCACCGGGUAUAUAAGAGCAACUUGUCAAGCAAAAGUUGUAGAUGAUGAUGGAAAUGCCCUGGAGAUUGGCGAGAAAGGAGAAAUACUGGUUAAAAUGGAGUACAAUUUUCUCGGUUAUUAUAAAAACCAAGAAGCUACUGAAGAAAUGUUGGAUAACGCAGGGUGGUUACACACCGGAGACAUUGGAAAGUUUGACAGAGAUGGACUGCUGUUUGUAGUAGAUCGGAAAAAGGACAUCAUCAAAUAUGACAAUUUCCAAAUAUCCCCAAGUGAGAUUGAAGCCGUAAUUUUGGAGCUGCCGGGGGUGGCAAAUGUGUGUGUAGUUGGAAUUCCAGUUCCCGGAAAUGAUCUUGCGACCGCUCUGGUAAUCAAAAGCGGAAAAGUUGAUACAAAUGAAGCUGAAAUUCAUCAAGUGGUAGAGCGUCAACUUGCUAACUUUAAACAGCUACGCGGAGGGGUAUAUUUUGUCAAGCAUUUGCCGUUUACACCUUCCGGAAAGGUUUUGCGAAGGCAGUGUCGCGAUACUGCAAUCGCACUGUUUAAUAAUUGUGGCGACGCGAGAAACUAG